UGUGCUUUAAUUUAUAUUUGGACAUGUAUAUAUAUAGGAUCUCCGUUGCCCAUAUAGAUUUUCCGAAGGUUGUUGAGAUCGGUCUUACUCAGAUGUUGUCGUGCCUUGUUGAUCAAGAUGAUGAGAACGACGACGUUUUAGAUGUGGAAACUGGGACGGGGUCAAUAUUUCCAACAAUGUUUCAUGAGACAACAAAAUGUCCAGAUGCAUUCAUUAGGAAUCCUGUUCGACUGAAAGUGGCUCUUAAUUGCCCAGGUUGGGAUGGUAAUAGAUUGCUCGAGACAUAUGACACUCGCUCUGACAAAUUCUGCAUUACACCUUGUGCUUGGGACAAAAGUUUUGUGGAAUAUUGUGAAGCAUACCAAAAGAAGUCUGAUCGAGAAAUCUGCAACACCCUCUACACUGUUCCGGUCAAUGAAAAUCCAUCCAUUGCGGAGUUUGGAAGACGACUUCUCACUCAAAUGCUAUUGGAGCUUCUUUCCACAACUUGCUGUUAUACUUUCUUGGAGAUCUUCUACAAAGACUUGAUCGCAACCCUAUUUCACAUCAGAAGUGUACACGACUUUUGAAUAGAUUUCAUAACAUAGCUAGACUGCUCACGGCACAUAUAUGAUUUAUGUCAACUUUGGAUCCCCUUGAUUCCAAGGUAGCAUCCUGCAUCCAGCUUCAAGAACUUUACGUAAGGAUAAUAUGUGUUAAUGGAUAUUUUAUGGUUAUAUUUGUAAAUGGGCUUAGAUCUUGUUAUUGGGUUGUGUAUAGUUUUUUUUUAAACAGGGUUGUGCAUAGUUGACCUAUGUAAUUAUCUAUAUAUAGUGUUGUCAAUCAAUGAAAAAGGAAGAAUUAU